UACGGGUCCAUGGUGGGGAAAAAUCGAUCCUCUAAAUCCCGUGACAACUUGCAAAUCCCCCUCAAGGCUCUUCAUCCAAAUCAGCCCAUUUCAUCACUCCUACAACAUGACCAAAGCCUUCCUCAUCAAGAUGCUACCAACGAGGCUUUCUAGGCCGGCUCGGCUUGUACAAAACCAUUCCCUGAUCUGUCGCUACUUGUCUGGUCGCCACGCCCCUCGCAGAAGUUUUUUACCUCUGUUGUCGUCUGCAUGCUUCACCGCGACGAUGGCAUCAUCGAGUAACGCGUCGGACCAUGACGCUUUGACUACAUCCCGCAACAAGCACCCCCUCAAUCCUCAGAAAUUCCCAAUCAGUGGCUUUGAAGAACUGGAUCCAUCCGUCAACAUGGAAGAGGAGAAAUUGUCCUAUUACGAUCCCACUUUAUUCUAUCCAGUCCAGAUCGGCGAUGUGCUUUACAACCGAUAUCAAGCCAUCGCAAAGUUUGGCUUCGGAUCAACUUCAACUACGUGGCUAUGCAAAGACCUGGUCGAUCACCGCCACGUCGUGCUGAAGGUGUAUAUCCGGCAACACAGUAUCGGGCAUAACCUGGAACUCGAAUGCUUUCGGCACAUUCAGGGAAUCGAACAAAAGACAGACCACCCUGGUCGUCGAUGGAUAAGAUUCCCAGAGGACCAUUUCACUAUCCAAGGACAAGAUGGCGCCCACGAAGUGUUUGUCCUUCGGCCUCUCGGUCUCAGUGUGAGAGCAAUGCAAAGCUACAUUCCUAGCGGCGUUUUCCCCGAAUUGAACGCUGUACUUGUAACCAAGGCCGUCGUAGCAGCUCUCGAGUUCCUGCACCUCGACGCAAAUCUAAUCCACUGUGAUGUUCAUUCGGGUAACCUUCUUUUGACGCUUUCCAACGAAUCUGUCCUCGAUCAGUUUGAAAAAAAUGAGCUUGUAAAACCAACGCCGAGGAAACUUGCAAAAGACGGCCGCAUCAUACAUGUUACGCAAUAUUUAUUGGAUGGGGAUAAUCCCCCGGUCCUGUGUGAUUUUAGCGGCGCCCGAAUAUGUACAAAUGACGACGAGUCACAGCGCGGGCUUCCCCACAUGCCGGAGCAUUAUCGCCCACCCGAGGUGAUUCUUGAUAUGCCGUGGAGUUACCCAGUGGACAUGUGGUGUCUUGGGCUCACGAUAUGGCGGAUGCUCAGUACCAAAAGCUUGUUCGGCCAUUAUAAUGGCACAGAUCUGGACGAAGCUCGCCAUUUAUCCUUAAUGGUAGGCCUCCUUGGUCCGCCACCUUUGAGCUUUCUCAAAAAAAGCGAAAAGGCGCUCAAAUACUGGGAUUCGGACGGCAAAUGGAAGGGUCCUAUUCCCCUUCCCCCGCCCACCCACACUCUCGAGGCCCUUUGCCCCAAAUCACUCCAAGGCAAGGCUAAGGUUAUGUUCCUGGAUUUCAUGCGGAAGAUUCUCCAUUGGGACCCAGAGGAGCGUCUCUAUCCUGGCUCUGCGUGGCAUCACCCAUGGGUACACAGGGAGGUGGAGAACGACGGCCUCGUAUCGGUUGAAUAGUGAUUUGGCUUAUAGGGGAAUGUUUUCCACACUUUGACGACGCUUGGGCUGGUGAGAAUUUGGCGCCGCAUAACCCCUCAUGAAUGUAUCCUUUUCAGUUUUCAACCGGGAACCAGCCUGUGGAGAGGGAUAGCUGUGGACGUCCUGUAGGUGGUACCAUAAGUCCUCUGUUGAGUCGUACUCUGUUGAGCAAAGAGGAUCUGGACAAUGGAGCUCCGUUUGGGAACCAGAUUUGUUUAUGUCAGAAAAGAAACAUUUGUGAAUGUGUUUCUUCCAGCUCGACUGCUUCAUGAACCCGUAAAGCCGUCUUGCAGCAGGCAGUUGUUCGUUAUGUAGGCAUGUUAUGCAGUUGCCAGCGUAGGCGAUGGCUCGGCGGAACUUCACAAAGUCACAUCGUGUAGGGAUUUCACAUUUCCUGAUGUGUUCCUGACAGUGAAUUUCCCAUCGUUCAAAUCCUCCGACUGCUUGAUUGCAUAUGAAGCAAAAUUCAACGAACUUGUGCUCUCCUUGUUGCUGUGCCUUGACGCAUUUGAAAACAUGAUCCCAUUUAUUAUCGGCAUCGACCCUAACAAAUAGAUACGUAAGUAGCACUUUAAUCGGA